GCAUAAAUUCCAUAUGAACGAUAUUUCAGACGAGUUCUUAGACAGAAACCUGGUCGUAUGAUUCCCUAGGGGGAAAAUCAGUAAGGUUCAAUAUUUUCCAUCCAAACAGGUGGUGUUGGACGUUCACGACUUCAUGAACGAAGACGUCAAAGUGAAGGUGGUGGACGACAGUGAACUGGUGAUAGAAGGCAGCGUCGAGAAGCGACAGGAUGGCGCCGUCUCAAAGAACACUUUCUGUCGACGAUUCUCAUUCCCAGGUCUCUUGAGCGAAGACACUGUGUCCUCGUCCAUGUCGACAGAUGGAGUUCUUACUGUCACUGUUCCAAAGAAGAAUUCCUUAACAAACAAGGAAGCCCAAACUAUCAAAAUCACUGCCUCGCACAAAAACUCUGAAGAUGCUAUAAAUGCACUCAAGAAUAUCACAAGCAACGUCGAAGCAAAACAAGUUAGUUUCGAAGGAAAAACAUCAAAAUCGUCUCGAGCGAAAGUGCAAGAAGAUCAGGCUCAGUCGACGGAGUCUCAGAACACACAGGCUUCGAGCGACUCGACGGAGGCCAAGCCACUUGCUCCCUUCCACCUUCUUCCCAUUUCCGAAAGAGGGCCUUUCUUCGGCGAUUCCUUCUUCCAGGACACUCGACAGACAUUCCAACAAGCCGUCGACCAAGUUCUCAAAGAGUGGGGACAACUGGACUCUGCGAGCGACCACAUGGACAUGUACAGGAACUUGCGAAAACACAACUUGCAGGAAGAGAACCAAGCCGUUGCCUUCAAUGAGGACCACCAGUGUUAUAAGAUUGUGGUGGAUGUACAAGACUUCAAGGAAGGCGACGUCAAGGUCAAAGUGGUGGACGAGAAUGAGCUAACAAUCGAAGGUAAUUUGGAGAUCAAGCGAGACGAUUCCGUGUCCAGUAAGAGUUUCUUCCGCCGUUUCUGCUUCCCAGGACUCGUGAGUGCCGACACCGUCACGUCUGUGAAGUCAUCUGACGGCAUCCUCACUGUCAACGUACCAAAGGCAACAUCGCAAUCUAAGACCAGUACGGCCCCUGAAACUUCAGAAUAUCAGGUUUCGCAGUCUUCUAACAGUGCAGAAGAAAAACAAACUUUCGCGAAGGAAUCAACAUCAGAAAGACAAAGCUUUCACUCCGAACGCCGGAAUGUAAGUGUAAGAAGGACUGAAGCGACAUCAUCAUCCGUCAUGAGCAAUAUCGUCAGUGAGGAAAAUCAAGAAAACGACGCCUAUAACAAAGUCAUUGAAAGUGGAGGCACGCUUCUCCACAACACACAGUCAAGCAAAGACAUUAUGAACGACCAGUGUCUUCCCGUCUCCUCGAAGGGUCAGUUCUUCUCUGAUUCCUUCUUCGACGAUGUUCGUAAGGACUUCGAAACGGCUGUCAGUGAAGUCCUCAGCAGGCAUGACAUUAUAAGGAGUGCCAAUGACGAUUUUUCCUGCUAUCGAAGCCUACGGGAACGUGAACUCAAGGAUGAGACUCAAGCGAUGAAGACCACAGAAGAUCAACACGGAUUUAAGGUGGUGUUGGACGUCCACGACUUCAUGAAGGAAAACGUCAAAGUGAAGGUGGUGGACAACAAGGAGGUGGUGGUGGAAGGUCGUGCGGAGAAGAACGACGGAACCUUGAGGUCAAGCAAGAGCUUCUGUCGGCGCUUCACUUUCCCUGGCGCAGUAGACAUGAAUGCUGUCACUUCAGCAAUGUCCUCCGACGGUGUCCUCACCAUCACUACGCCAAAGAUCUAAGAUUGGAGAAGAGAGAAAUGUUGAAAAAAUCAAAUAUACUAGAACUAUUCCAUAUAUAUCAAGGAUAGAAGUUGUUAUAAAUGUUGUUGAUGCAGCUGUGAAAUUAAACGUUGAAGAAUUUUACUGACUAGCAAUGGUGAAUUGUAUUUUUGUAUAAAUCUAUUUUCAUAA